UAAGUCCUUAUCAGUCUCCUUCAGCUUGUGCAUGUUAUGAAGACUAACAGGCAGGGCAGUGCCAUCUCCUCCCUGUCUGGCAUCAGAGGGCAACAAGCUUCUGCCAGGUGACAGCCACUGAGUCUCAAUUGAAGCCUGAACGUGAAACUUCAAAAAAGAAAAGGAAGAGCAUCAGGAGACCAUUACUGUGAUAUUUGGGAACAGGACAGCUGCUAAGAUGGAAAGACUCCAGGUUGACAUAGAAACACAUUAUGCUGAGGUGGUUGUUGAAGUGGGAAGCGUCACUUUUGGGGAGGAGUAUAGGAAGCGCAUGACCGACAGUCAUUUGAAAAGGACGCAGAAUUCUAAAAUCAUCCGAGCCAUAUGUGCACUGUUAAAUUCAGGUGGGGGAGUCAUUAAAGCUGAAAUCGAAAACAGAAGCUACAAUUACCAAUGUGAUGGACUUGGUCAAGAUUUGGAAACGUCCUUUCAAAAGCUUCUGCCUUUGGCUUCACAGAACUUCCUUGACUAUCUGCAACAGGACCAUAGUCUUUUUAUUUUUGUGAAACCAUGGAUCAUGAAGGCUGUCGGCCCCCAAAUACGCAUUUGUAGCUUGUCUUCCAAUAUAUUCCAAAGAGAUGUAACUUGCACUGUCAACCUGACUGCCAGUAGGGCAUUAGAACUUCUAAAGGAGAAACAAUCUAGAAUCCAAAGAGGAAGGGAGAAUCUUCCAAUGUGGCAUCCCAAGAAAGUUCUUGUGAGUGAAAUUCAGGAAGAGGAAGAUAUGAGGGUUUUUGCCUCUGAAUUUUUCAAAAAGGAUUGGCUUUUGUACAAGGAGAAACUCAACUUUACUGAGUCAACUCACGUUGAAUUGAAAAGAUUUACAACCAAGAAGAUUCUGCCUAGGAUAAAAGAUAUGCUGCCCCGUUAUGUUUCUGCAUUUGCAAAUACCAAAGGAGGAUACUUAAUUUUUGGGGUGGAUGAUAAGACCAAUGAAGUAUUUGGAUGCCAAAAAGACAAAGUACACCCUCUCCAACUUCAAAAGGAUAUACAGUCCUGCAUAGAAAAACUGCCCAUCUUUCAUUUUUGCUCUGGAAAGCCAAACAUCAAUUUCACAACUAAAAUCAUCGAUGUAUAUGAUAAUGAUUGCCUAUAUGGUUAUGUCUGUGUAGUCAAAGUAGAGCCUAUCUGCUGUAUUGUCUUUGCAGAAGCCCCAGAUUCCUGGAUCAUAAGAAAUAACUUUGUUGAAAGACUGAAGCCUGAGGAAUGGGUGUCCCAAUUAAUGGAUAUUCACCCAGCUCCUCCUGGUUUGACUCAGGACAAUGACCUUCCGCUGGGCUUAUGGGAAACUGAUCCACUCAGAAGAUCAACAUGUUCACAAGUCUGGCAUUAUAAGAAAACUCUGCAGCAAAGUUUGCUUUCAGUGACUUCUCAGGAGAUAGGAUUCAAGCCAGAAUCGCUCUGCCAGGAGCUAUUCUCAGAGCACUAUGGACUAGAGAAGUUAAUGAAGAAGAUGACCCGUCACUUUUCUCAGGGGAUCUUGAUAUUUUCAAGGAGCUGGGCUGUUGACAUUGGCUUAAGAAAGGAUGACAGAGUCCUGUGUGAUGCUCUCCUUAUCGCAAUUAACAGUCCCCCAAUUCUUUAUACCAUAGUCAGGGGCUCCAAUCAGAUGGAUGGGUUUGAAUAUUCCAGAUAUACUGCUCUCCAGCUGAAGCAGAAACUGGCCAAUGUGGGGCGUUACACUGGAAAAGUGUGCAUCAUUCCCCAGUUGUUGCACCUGCCUGAUCCUCAGAGUGAAAUCAUCCCAGUUCGGAGCUAUUAUCCCCAGGCUUAUGUUCUUGCUAUAGAUUAUGAAUUGGAAGACUUGCUGCAAUCACUUGUAAUGGUCUUGCUCUGCUUCACCUCUCUUUUGAGUGACCAGCUUGGGUGCCAGUUUGUAAGUCUACUUGCAGGCGACCAAUCUAAACUGCUCUCCAAAAGUCUCCAGGAAACCAGGGAGUUAUUUAUCCUUUGCUUGCCAGGAACCCGGAAAACUGCCAUGGUCAUAAAAAUCUUGGAAGAGAUUAGGAACAUCUUUCACUGUGAAGCGAAAGAAAUUCUCUACCUUUGUGAAAACGACUCCCUGAGAGAAUUUGUAAGUCAACAAAGUCCCUGCCAAACUGAGACCCGGAAAACUUUCAUGAGGUCAGAGUUCCCAAAGAUUAAACACAUAGUAAUAGAUGAAGCUCAGAAUUUCUGCAGUGAAGAUGGAGACUGGUACACAAAAGCUAAGAACAUCACUCACCCCAAAGAUGAGAAGGCAAGAAGGAAGAACCCUCACCAAGGGAUUCUGUGGCUCUUUAUAGACUCUUUUCAAGCAAGUCAUUCAAGAGUCAGUGGCCUGCCACUUCCCUUAAUGCAAUAUCCAAGAAAAAACAUCACUAGAGAGAUCUAUCAUGCCCAAGAAAUAGCAAUGGUCAUGAAACAAGAAAUGAAGAUGAUCAGAGAAAAAAAUCAACCCCAAAACAUGCCUCCCGAGUCAUUGGUAUUGUUUAGGGAAGAUCUGUAUGAAGAUGCUAUCCAGGCUUACACUCUGCGUGGAAUAUGUGAAAGAGAAAGAAAUUUGACCAAGGAGGAAAUGGCAAAUUGGGUGGUAAGAAGAUGUCAGAUUCUCUUCCAUAAUGGCUAUUCUCCUAAAGAUAUUGCUAUUUUAUACAGCAGGAGUGAGGACAGAGAACACUACGAGUUUAUUCUUCAAAGAACCAUGAAAUCGAUCAGGACCCACAGGACAACAGAAGUCGGAUUCAGCAGGGCAUCUGAUGUUUUGGGUAGCAAAAUCAUUCUAGACAGCAUCCAGCAGUUUUCAGGCCUGGAGAGGAAUAUUGUGUUUGGUCUCAUUCCAUUCUGUCCUGGACCUGAGGUUCCCCACAAUCUCUUGCUCUGCUUUGCAUCAAAAGCUAUUAAACACCUCUAUCUGCUCUAUGAGAAGGAGGAGCUGUGAAAGAUAUAAAUUAUAUAGACAGUCAAUAUCGUCAGAAUUUUGAAAUCAUUUAAACCUUUUGAUAAAGGAAAUAGGAGGCUAUUUUACUCCUUGUUUUACAAAUGAAGAAACUGAGGCACAGGAAGAUAAAGCACAGGUGUCAACAUGGGAUCUAGAAGCCCCCAAACUUGUAGACUAGUAAGAGUCAAUGACUCUACCCAGUUUACUUAGCUUAAAGGUGAAAGUCUCAAGUUUCAUCUUUUCACUUGAGUUUCUCCCUGAGGGAAAGUCCAACUUCACAAGUCUCAGACUAACAAUAGAGUAGUUUAAGUGGGGAGUUAAGUGUUAAGUUAAGAAUUAAGUGGGGAGUCUUAAAGUAGUUUAGGUGGGGAGGGUCUGGUGUGAAGUAUCUCUUUUGGUCCCAGUGGUUUCUCCCCUGGGGCCAAAACCCAUUCUUCCCUUUUGUGUUCAUUGUAAAGCAUCAGCCCUUCACUGUUAUUCCUCUCUGGGACUCCUUAUUUUCCUUUGUUACCUUGGUAAAGUCAAUCCACUAUCCCUCUUAUCCUCAGUCCACAAGCUCUCCUAGAAAGGUAAUAAAUUUUCCCACUUAAAUGGCUCUUCAGAGUUGCAAUCUAGUGAGGUGUCACUCCCAGUGAUGUCCCCAAAGUCCCAGGGUGUAGACCCUGUAAAAGUUUUGUCUUCAGAUUCUGAGUAAAGGUCCAAAUUUUGGGCUUGACUCUUUCCUGAUUAAAAACUUGGUUUUUCUAAAAUAUUUAAUAGUUCUUUUUUUUCCUUCAGUUUAACAAAGGUCACAGGGCAAAUCCUUGUUGGAGCUAGAAAUCAAAUUAGGUGUCUGGAAUUCGAAUUUCUUAAUCUAUUUCUGAAAUUAGAUAAAUUUCAAGCCAUUUCACCCAGAAUACUUCCAUAGCUUGAUUUAGAAGUUUUGGGGUCAUUCCUCAAAUUCAAUCUUCUCAUUUUACAUAUAAAGAAAAAGACCCAGAAAGUUGUAAACUGGUGAGAAUCCAAAGAAUUGCAACCCAAAGGGCAUUAAGAUGAUAUCAUCCUGCUUGCCCUCUAUCCUGAGGCUUUCAGUUACUUCUUUCCAUCUCCUUUGCACCAAAUUUUCUUUGUGUUCACUGAAUAUAUUUUCUAUUUAUGUAUCUUAUACAUGGUUCUCCCCAGUGGAAUGUAUGCUCUUUGAAAGUAGAGUCUAUUUCAUGUCUGCCUCUUUAUCCCUGGCUCAUAAGGAAUACUUAAUAAAUAUUUAUUGAAUGAAUGAAUGAAUGAAUGAAUGAAUGAACACAUAAGACUCAGUUGAAGGAUCUAGGGUGUUUAACCUAAAGGAGAGGAGACCUAGGAGGACAUGAUGACUAUUGUUAUGGGCGGGAAAGGAUACCCUUGGGGUUCAGGAAGUAUACCUUUUGCAAGCAUGCAAGACUCCAAAACUUAGCUUAAAAAGAAAAAAGAGAUUUAUUAAUUUAGAAAGUAAUGUUGAGAGUGGCCAGGAGGAUAGCAAGGUAGAAUAGCAAUAUGGGGAGCAGUUUUUGGAAGGACAGCAUGAAAGGAAAGGCUGUUCCCCAUGGGGACAGCAUGGAUGGAAAGGCUGUCCCCCAGACAACAUCAGUUCUGGGGUUUAUAUACUCUUUAGAUGCUAUGUCCUGGUGUGGAUGUGAUCUAGAGUGUUAUACCCUCAGGCAUUUGGUGGGGUGAGGUGGUCAUCUGACUGGGGCCUGCCUGGAGGCAUAAAGAUUCAUUUCUUUGUCUACCUUAAAUCUAGAGGAUAAAAGAGGGUAAACAUCUCAGGACCCUUGGUGGGGUCAUUGGGUGUUUCUAGGUUAAGAGUCACAAGGAUGCAAAGGCAAGGGAGUUUCCCUGGCAAUAGUUCCCCUGGGUUUCUGGGGUUCAUUGCCCAUGUCAUCUCCCCCCUCUCCUAAUAUGUAAGGGAAAAGGGAUGGUGGUCUCUGUAUUCUGUAACUUCUUCACAGCUGAGAAUGGGCAUAGAGUUGUCCCUGCAUAACGUUAGGAGAGAGAGGUAUUGACUGUAGGCCGUGUCCAGAGCAUCAGGCUGGGAUGUUUGCCGAGGUUAUGGUGACAUCUGGCAUCUGGGUGACUCCCAUGAGUGCUUUUACCCUAGAAGCAACUAGAGAGAUGAAUCAGAGAAUUAUGUGUCCAGCUGGCUGGGUAUGCAUGAUUUAAAACAUAGGAGAAGACCCAAAAUUUAAGGAAAGAAAUAGUUAUGAUCAGGUAGUUAAGAGCUAAAGUAAAAGGGGUUGAAGAUAACAGGGAAGGAAAGGCUGUGGGCACAGGGUCUUAGGGACAUGUCCUCAGUGAAUUCCUGGGUCCUAGAUAGCUGGGAAUCUGCUUGGAAAUGUGAAGGAUGUCCAGCAACUGCUUCCCCUGAUGGGCAGAUAGGUCACAAGGGGAGAGUCAGCCCCUAAAAUAGAAGUGUAUAAACCAAGACUGGGGCAAAAACUAGAACAACAGAUAGAAACAGAGAAUAAUACACUAUAGUACAAUAGCAAUUGGCAUUAUACAUUUGCAUUUGGGUAUCUUAGCCAACAGACUUCUUCAGAAAUUAUCUUCGGACAGGAAUAGAUCACUUUAGGAAAUUGGAUUCCUGAGUUGUUUGCAGUUGAUAUGUGAUGUUUCUGUUAAAGAAUAUCCUUUUGUGUUACAGUUAAAAGAGUGGUUGCCUUAAACUGUGACCGCAAAAAUAUGGUUUGAAGGCUUUGAAUUUCCAAAACUGUAAAGAUAAUUUUUUUGUGUCUCGAUUUUAUAUUAAAAAUAAAGUGG